AUGCGGGUGAACCUAACCGCAUUCUCGACAACGGACGUUCCCCAUCUCCGCCACGGAUUGUCGGUCGGUAGCCUGGACUCUACCGCAGUGACAUCGGAUAUCACAAGUGUGGGGAGCGGAGUGGCCGGCGCGGCGGAGACCCACGCGUCGCAGGCCUCUUCGGCCGCCCAAGAGGCAGCCAGCGAGGCCAGCAAUUCCAUACAGCACAUAUCCGACGAGCUGAAAUCCCACCUACCGGGAUUCUAUUCCGUCGGGCUCUUUGGAUACUGCCAGGGACCGGGCGAGAAAGCCACGUAUUGCUCAAAGCCCAGUACGUCGUUCUCUUUUGACAUCACCAAGUUGUUCGGCGAAGCGGCCUCAGAAGUGUCGGAGUUGAUCCCGGGCAUCGAGAACAAGGCGUUGAGUGGAUACCGCUCCGUCUCCCAGUGGUCCAUUUCCGCCGAUAUCCUCGGGCUCAUAUUUACGUUCGCCGCAAUCGUUUUCGGGGUGACAACCCUGACAAUCUCAUGGGGCAAGACGUGCCUCGUACUCUCUCACCUGGCGGCAAGCAUUUUCGUUGCUGGCGUGGCUAUCGGCUCCACAAUCAUAUACGGCCUUAUGACGAGUACGGUCAAGGCGGUGCUCAAAGACUUUGGAAUCCUCGCGAGCUUCGGCGCACAUACCUUCACGGCAGCGUGGCUGGGGGUGGCAUUCUCCGUUGGUGCUUUGGUGGCUUGCGCCAUUGAACUUUUUUGUUGCUGCAUCUAG